UUAUUUAUUUUUUUAUAGAUGCCCAGGCACUGCUCUGCUGUAGGUUGCAAGUCAAGAGACACAAAAGACGUCCGGAAAUCUGGAAUCACUUUUCACAGGUUGCCAAAGAAAGGAAACCCUCGCCGCACAACUUGGAUUAUCAACUCUCAUCGCAAAGGCCCUGAGGGAAAAGGCCAGUGGGACCCCCAGAGUGGUUUCAUCUAUUUCUGUUCUAAACACUUCACCCCUGAUAGCUUUGAACUCUCUGGAGUCAGUGGCUAUCGCAGACUGAAGGAUGAUGCGAUUCCCACUGUAUUUGAAAUUCAGCCUCAUGAAAGAGGCACUGCUGGGAAAUGUGCAACAAAACGGAGAGGUAGACCUCGAAAGGUGGAUAAACGUAUCAGUGUCAAGAACUCCAACGAUAAUGAAGGAUCAGAAAGCCAUGAGAUCUUCAACAAUGAGACUGUGGUGCAAAAAGUAGCAGAUAAUGAGUGUGAAAAAGGCGAAGGGGAGGAUAAGCAUGGGCAGCCUCGUUCUCAGCCUUCAUCUGAGGCUCCUCAAACUUCUGAAGAGACAUUAUUAGAUGAACAACCUCCUGACCCCUCUUCUCCUCAACCUUCUCCACGUCCACCUUCUCCAUCCUGCUACAUGAAGCGUCUCCCCCCGCCUCCUGGCUUUUACUUGCCGAAAGAGCACAACUACGCUCAGUUGUGCCCUCUAGUGUGGCGAAAGCGCUAUGACAAAGCAAUCGACAGCUUGGAAAAAGCAUUGCGUCUUCUGAGUGCCGCCCGCCGGCGGGAGAACCGCCUACGCCACGCACUGCUGCGCCUCAGAGAGAACCGACUUAGGAGUACCCUGUCUCGCUCAAGAGACGGUGUGAAAGGGAAGGAGGCCCGAGGAGGUAGGUUUUCAAGCUGGGCUGCUCAAAAGGGACAAGGGACGAAGGUGGAGAGAGGUUGCAAUCUUGAGGGAUUGGAGGAGAGUGCAAAUGAAGGAGCAACUGAUGAAAUAGAUCUUCUCGCUGAGGGAUGGAACGGACAGGGACAGACGAGGGCAAAAGUCACAGCGGAAGAAGAAGAAGGGUGCUGUUUUUAUUGCGGAAGGGACAAUGAAGGAAACAAAAUAAGUGGGUACAAAGAUUCAACUGUAGGACCUGAUGAGGUUCAAGGAUCUCAGGCAAGACAUAAACCUAAGAGAAUCCAGGAAGUCAAAAGGAAAGCAAAGGUGCUCAAAGAACAAAAGCCAGAGAACUCUAGGACUGAUGUGGCACCUGUGGAGCAACAAAGCUACUACUUAUAUUACUGUGAGAGCACAGAGAAUGAGGACACAAUGCAGAUGGUCACCAUGGAGUUGCAACCGCAUCAAUUGAACACCGAGGACGAAGCAUCUCUUGAGCUCCAUGAUAAUGCAGAAGCAAUCCAGGAACUCGCUCUACUUCAUCCACAGACUGACAUGCACACUGCGCCUGGACCUGUUCAAUACUCUGCGACAAUACAGGAAACUUCUUCACCAUUCCAGCUACAGCAAAUCCAAGUGCUUCAGCCGCAUCAACAACUUCUUCUCCCUGACCCCGGCACAAAGGAAAAGAGCGAAGUGGAGAUCGAGCAGGGAGAAGGGCAGCAGUUUUUCUGGGUACAGGAAAAGACUGAUGAUCAUGUGCUACUGAUGCCAGUUGUUACUGAAACAGGGGAAAGGAACAGAGUCGACGUUGAGACUGUGAUUGAGUCUGUGCUGCCUCAGGCUAUAUUGGAUAGAUUUCAGUCAAAGGCCACUGAAGAAAGGGAUGGAGUGACUGUGAAGUGUGAUUCCAUGAUACUGACAUCUACGGGGUGGGAAAACGGACAGCUCACACACCAGUCGGACCUGAGGCACACAGCAGUGGGGGGAGAUGUCAGGGAGAGACUGAAGGAACAUUUAGAGGGGUUUCAGCUUCAGCUUAGCAGCGAGUUUAUUGACUGAUACUUCUCUGUUGUUAUAUUACUAUCUAAUGGUUUUAUUCUCCACUUACAGAACAUGCACAGACUGUACAGUCAGUUGGCUUUGGCUAAGAUGUAUGAAAGACAUCAGCAUCAUUUUCAUAUUUUGGCAGAAUAUUGAUUAAUAGACAUUUAAUACAUUGGUAUUUUAAUUGGAAAGUCAUAAUUCAAUAAAACUCUAAAAUGUGUAUGUUGGGAAAUGUGUAGUAAUUGGAUUCAAUAAUACAGAUAAAUCUUUUUUUUUCCUGACAUUGCAGUUAGACUGUGUUCAAAAAGGCCAAAAUUACAGUUAAAA